AUGUCUAUAAUAAUGCAUCUUAGAACACUAUCUAUCUAUCUAUCUAUCUAUCUAUCCUUCAGUUUGUUCAUAUCUAGCUAUUUUUUAUCUUCGAAUCCAAACAUCCAUUUGUUUUCUUACGUUUCUUUUCCUUGUUUUUUUUGUUGUUGUUUGUAUUUGUUUGUUUCCUCUUUCUCUCUUUCUUUCUUUCUCUCUCUUUUUUCUUUUGAUGGAAUACGCUUCACAUUCUUCUUUCUUUCAUACGAUAUCUUUUUAGCUUUACUACGAAUUUAUCUUCCUUCUCUUCUUUCCACCAUUCCUUCCUUUCCCAAUCCUUUCUUCCUUCCUCAAUCUCUUCCUUCCUCCUUUCCUGCCAUACAUUUCUUCUUUCUUUUCUUUCCCUUCACCUCUCCUUCUCUUCUUUCCGUCCACCUUUUUCUUCCUUCCCUCUCUUCCUCCACUUCCCCAUCCUUUCUUUCUUCACGUCAUUCGUCCUCCUCUUCCUUCCCUUAUUUUUUUCAUUUCCUCCCUUUCCCUUCUUCCUUCCCUCCCUUUCCUUACUUUCUUCCUUCCCUCUCUUCCUCCAUUUCCUCAUCCUUUCUUUCUUCACGUCAUUCGUCCUCCUCUUCCUUCCAUUAUUUUUUCAUUUCCUCCCUUUCCCUUCUUCCUUCCCUCCCUUUCCUUACUUUCUUCCUUCCCUCUCUUCCUCCAUUUCCUCAUCCUUUCUUUCUUCACGUCAUUCGUCCUCCUCUUCCUUCCCUUAUUUUCUCAUUUCCUUCCCUUCUCCCUACCUUCUCCUCUCUAUUCCUUCCCUUCUCUCUUCUUUCUUCCUCCCCUCACUUCCUCAACUGCCUUAUCCUUUCCUUCUUCCCUUCUUUUCUUUUUCUUUCCUUCUUUUGCUGCUUCCUCAUUUAA